CAGUAAAGCCUGCUCAGGAAUAGCAAAGUAAUUCUCAAAAACGAAACCAAGCGAAUCACCAGUUUUAUGAUCACCCUCUACCUUUUAAAAAUGAUUUCGAAUGAGGCGCAGAGUGAAUUGGACAAAAAUUGGGCGGAGUACAAGUGAGGGCGGGGCGUCGUGCUCGGCCCUCCCGUUACCAUUUCCUGGUUCAGACCACAAUUGACAGCCGCGGCAUUAGUAUGCCUUGCCAUUCGAACGGAAAAUGUGAAUGAGAAUUUCGUAAAAUAAGACCGACAAAAUGUUCGAUAUGGACGGUGUGAGUGGCAUCAGAUGCCAAGUGAUUGACAAUAGCAGUGCUGUGCCCGUCGCCGUAGGUGGAUCUCCGACAUCCGCAAAUGGAUCCGACGUGUUCUUAUAUGACGACUCCUCAAUGUCCGACGGCAGCCUAUAUGCUAGUGAUCAGGAAAAUCAUUCUACGCCUAGAAGAAGAUCAGAAUACCGGCGCGUUCACAAGCGACGCUCGCGUUGUCCGCAGCAACAAAUCCAACAGAGGCAAGCCGCGAAUCUUCGGGAAAGACGUCGAAUGCAAUCCAUUAACGACGCUUUUGAAGGUUUAAGAGCACACAUUCCAACAUUGCCUUAUGAGAAACGUCUGUCCAAAGUCGAUACCUUGAAGCUUGCGAUCGGAUACAUCAGUUUUCUUGGAGAAUUAGUACGGGCUGAUCGCAAUUCAUCCGACGGGUUGUUGUCAGGUGUGGGCAACACUCAGAAUAAAGAAGAACAAAAGAAAAUCAUUAUUAGAGCACGUCAAAUUUUUGACUCCACUGGUGUCCCUACAGUCGAAGUAGAUAUGGUGACAGAAUUAGGUCUAUUUCGAAUAGGUGUACCUUCCACGGACUCCAAAAAAAUAGCUGAAGCAACACAACUGCGGGAUAACAAUCCUGCUCAAUACUUUGGAAUGGGUGUUUCUAGUGCUAUCAAAAAUAUUAACGUCAUUAUUGCACCUGAACUUAUCAAACAAAACCUUGAAGUGACAAUGCAAAAGGAAAUUGAUCAAUUCUUGAUAUCUCUCGAUGGAACUGAAAACCGAUCUAGACUAGGAGCUAAUGCGAUUCUUUGUGUUUCUCUGGUAGUUGCAAAAGCUGGAGCUGCGAAGAAAGGUGUACCUUUGUAUAGGCACAUAUCGGAUAUGGCAGGCGUCACUACAAUAAUUCUGCCAGUACCACACUUUACUAUUCUCACUGGUGGAAUUUUAUCUUCAAAUGGACUGCCGUUUCAAGAAUACAUAAUUAUGCCUACAGGAGCAUCUUCGUUUGCAGAUGCGAUGCGUAUUGGUUCAGAAAUUUAUCGUUAUGUGAAAAACGCGAUUGCGAAUAAGUUUUCUGUAGACUGCACGUAUGUUAGUGAUUCCGGAGGAUUUUCUGUGCCCUUGCAAAGUCAUCGGGACGCUCUUAUGUUUCUUACAGAUGCUAUUAAGCAAUGUGGGUAUGUUGGCAAAGCUGAAAUUGCAAUAAAUGCUGCCGCCAGUGACAUGUUCAAAGAUGGUGCCUACGAUUUGGAGUUUAAAAAUCCGAAUUCAAAUCCUCAGGAAUAUAUGUCGUCGGAUAAACUUGCCGAAAUUUAUCUAGAUAAUAUAAAAGAGUUUCCAGUAUGUUCUAUUGAAGACGGUUUCCAAUUUGAUGAUUGGUCGGCGUGGUCUACUUUGACCUCUCGAACGCAGGCUCAGAUUUUUGGAAAUGACCUUACUCAAACUAAUCUCCGCCGUGUUGGAUUGGCCACAGAAAAAAAAGCGGGAAAUGCGAUUGGCUUAAGACUAAAUCAAGCUGGCACGUUUACCGAAGUUAUUGAAGCUUUUAAACUUUUGAAGUCAAAUGGUUUUGCUUCUGUUGUUGUUGAUAGGUGGGGUGACACUGAAGAUGUGUUCCUAGCCGAUCUGGCGGUUGGUUUGUCUACUGGUCAGAUGAAAUGCGGAGCACCUGUUCGAUCUGAACGCGUCGGAAAAUACAAUCAAAUCAUUAGAAUUGAAGAAGAAUUAGGAGCGCUUUCCAAAUACGCCGGAAAAAACUACCGCGGACUAAAUUAAUGUUCUUUCGAAGAAUC